AUGGAUUGGAUGGAUCCUAUUUCUGUGUUGUUCCUCUUUGCCCUUACGCUUGCAUUCCUUUGGAUAACGAGCAACUUUUGGAAUAGCAGUAGCCAAAAGUUUCCACCAGGACCAAAACAAUUACCAUUCAUUGGAAACCUCCACCAAAUGGAUCCGAAGAGGCCUCACCUGACCAUGUUAAAGUUCUCUAAACAGUUCGGCCCUGUCUUCAGCCUACAACUGGGAUUGCAGAAAAUGGUCGUUCUGACAGGCUAUGAGACUGUAAAGGAGGCUUUGGUGAACCAGGCAGAUGCCUUUGCGGAAAGACCCAAGAUCCCAAUAUUUGAAGACUAUCAACAUGGCCACGGGGUUGUUUUUUCUAACGGUGAGGAAUGGAAAGUGAUGCGCCGGUUUACGUUAACCACGUUACGGGACUACGGAAUGGGCAAGAAGACCAUAGAAGACAGAAUUGUUGAGGAGUGCUGUUUCCUGAUACAGAAGUUUGAAUCCUUCGAUGGAAAACCGUUUGAGACAACUUCAAACAUAAAUGCUGCCGUUUCCAACAUUAUAGUGUCCAUAUUAUUUGGCAAGAGAUAUGAAUAUGAAGAUCCCAAGUUUAUAAGAUUAGUGCACAUGAUCAGUGAAAACACCCGGCUUGUAGGAAGUCCCUCAGUCCAGCUGUACAACAUAUUUCCUGCUCUGGGUUUCCUUUCUGGUGAUCGCAAGACUGUCAUUCGUAACAGGGAUGAAUUCUUCGCCUUCAUCCAGGCCACCAUCACAGAACACCUCCAAGAACUGGAUGUGAAUGACCAGAGGAGCUUUAUUGAUGCUUAUCUAGUCCGACAGCAAGAGGAGAAGAACAAGAACCAGGUCAACGGAUUUUUCCAUAAUGAAAGCCUAAUUGGUGUUGUUAAUGAUUUAUUUGGUGCUGGCACGGAGACAACUUCGACUACCUUGCGUUGGGGCUUGUUGCUGAUGAUGAAGUAUCCUGAAAUUCAGAAGAAAGUGCAAGAAGAAAUAACAAAGGUAAUCGGGUCCGCUCAGCCACGAAUUGAACACCGAGCAAAACUGCCAUACACAGAUGCUGUGAUUCAUGAAGUUCAGAGGUUUGCAAAUAUUCUCCCAACUAAUGUGCCACAUGCCACCAGUGCGGAUGUCACUCUUGGAGGCUACUUCAUACCAAAGGGAACUUAUAUUAUCCCAUUACUAUAUUCUGUGCUUUAUGAUGAAUCUCAGUGGGAAAAACCACUUCAGUUCUAUCCGGAGCAUUUCCUUGAUUCCAGAGGAAAGUUUUUCAAGAGAGAUGCCUUCAUGCCUUUCUCAGCAGGUCGGCGAAUGUGUGCUGGGGAGACCCUUGCCAAAAUGGAGCUCUUCCUCUUCUUUGUGAGUCUCCUGCAGAGAUUCACUUUCCAGCCAGCCCCUGGGACGUCUAAAGAAGACCUGGACCUCACCCCUGCAGUUGGGUUUACUACACCUCCAGUGACCUACAGUAUCUGUGCUUUGCCACGUUCUUAACAUCCAACCAUGCUUAGCUUC